UCUCCCCGCCCCUCCCCCUCCCCUCUCACGUCCGCUUUCUGUCAGCCCGUCUCCCUUUCCCUCUCCCCCUCUCUCCUUCCUUUCGCUUCCUCUCUCGCACCUGAGCACACGCACCUGCCCGGGCCCGGCUCCGCUCCCUCCUCCCUCCUCCCCCUCCCUCCCUUCCCGCCCCGGCCGGAAGGCUCGGGCCCCGGCCGCGGGAGCCUCGCGGCUGCGUCACCGCCGCCCCCCCAGACAAGAUGGACACCGCCGAAGAAGACAUAUGUAGAGUGUGUCGGUCAGAAGGAACACCUGAGAAACCUCUUUAUCAUCCUUGUGUAUGUACUGGCAGUAUUAAGUUUAUCCAUCAAGAAUGCUUAGUUCAGUGGCUGAAACACAGUCGAAAAGAAUACUGUGAAUUAUGCAAGCACAGAUUUGCUUUCACACCAAUUUAUUCUCCAGAUAUGCCUUCACGGCUUCCAAUCCAAGACAUAUUUGCUGGACUCGUUACAAGUAUUGGCACUGCAAUACGAUAUUGGUUUCAUUAUACACUUGUGGCCUUUGCAUGGUUGGGAGUUGUUCCUCUUACAGCAUGCCGUAUCUACAAGUGCUUGUUUACUGGCUCCGUGAGCUCACUACUGACACUGCCACUGGACAUGCUGUCCACGGACAAUUUAUUGGCGGAUUGUUUGCAGGGUUGUUUUGUGGUGACAUGCACGCUGUGCGCAUUCAUCAGCCUUGUGUGGCUGCGAGAGCAGAUCGUCCACGGGGGCGCCCCGAUUUGGUUGGAACAUGCUGCCCCGCCCUUCAACGCAGCGGGGCACCACCAAAAUGAGGCUCCAGCAGGAGGAAAUGGUGCUGAAAAUGUUGCCCCUGACCAGCCUGCUAACCCACCAGCUGAGAACGCGGUGGUGGGAGAAAACCCCGAUGCCCAGGAUGAUCAGGCGGAAGAGGAGGAGGAGGACAACGAGGAGGAAGAUGACGCGGGUGGGGAGGAUGCGGCCGAUGCCAACAACGGGGCUCAGGAUGACAUGAACUGGAAUGCUUUGGAGUGGGACCGAGCUGCAGAAGAGCUUACGUGGGAAAGAAUGCUAGGACUUGAUGGAUCUCUAGUUUUUCUAGAACAUGUCUUCUGGGUGGUGUCUCUAAACACAUUGUUCAUUCUUGUUUUUGCAUUUUGCCCUUACCACAUUGGUCAUUUCUCCCUUGUUGGUUUGGGAUUUGAAGAACACGUCCAAGCAUCUCAUUUUGAAGGUCUAAUCACAACCAUUGUUGGGUAUAUACUUUUAGCAAUAACACUGAUAAUUUGCCACGGCUUGGCAACUCUUGUUAAAUUUCACAGGUCUCGUCGUUUGCUGGGAGUCUGCUAUAUUGUUGUUAAGGUUUCUUUGUUAGUGGUGGUAGAGAUUGGAGUGUUCCCUCUCAUUUGUGGCUGGUGGCUGGAUAUCUGUUCCCUGGAAAUGUUUGAUGCUACUCUGAAAGAUCGAGAACUGAGCUUUCAAUCAGCUCCAGGUACUACCAUGUUUCUGCACUGGCUAGUCGGGAUGGUGUAUGUGUUCUACUUCGCCUCCUUCAUCCUGUUGCUGAGAGAGGUACUUCGACCUGGUGUCUUAUGGUUUCUAAGGAAUUUGAAUGAUCCAGAUUUUAAUCCAGUACAAGAAAUGAUCCAUUUGCCCAUUUAUAGGCAUCUCCGAAGAUUUAUUUUGUCAGUGAUUGUCUUUGGCUCCAUUGUCCUUCUGAUGCUUUGGCUUCCUAUACGUAUAAUUAAGAGUCUGCUGCCCAAUUUUCUUCCAUACAAUGUCAUGCUCUACAGUGAUGCUCCAGUGAGUGAACUGUCCCUUGAGCUACUUCUGCUUCAGGUGGUCUUGCCAGCGCUGCUUGAACAGGGACACACGCGGCAGUGGCUGAAGGGGCUUGUGCGAGCGUGGACUGUUACCGCUGGAUACUUGCUGGAUCUUCAUUCCUAUUUAUUGGGAGACCAGGAAGAAAAUGAGAACAGUGCAAAUCAACAAGUUAACAAUAAUCAGCAUGCUCGAAAUAACAACGCUAUUCCCGUGGUGGGCGAAGGCCUGCAUGCAGCCCACCAAGCCAUACUCCAGCAGGGAGGGCCUGUUGGCUUUCAGCCUUAUCGCCGGCCUUUAAAUUUUCCACUCAGGAUUUUUUUGUUGAUUGUCUUCAUGUGUAUAACCUUACUGAUUGCCAGCCUCAUCUGCCUUACUCUACCAGCCUUUCUGUUUUCAGUAUUUGCUGGCCGUUGGUUAAUGUCGUUUUGGACGGGGACUGCCAAAAUUCAUGAGCUCUACACAGCUGCUUGUGGUCUCUAUGUUUGCUGGCUCACCAUAAGGGCAGUGACGGUGCUGGUGGCAUGGAUGCCACAGGGACGCAGAGUGAUCUUCCAGAAGGUUAAAGAGUGGUCCCUCAUGAUCAUGAAGACUUUGAUAGUUGCUGUGCUGCUGGCGGGGGUUGUCCCGCUCCUGCUGGGGCUCCUGUUUGAACUGGUUAUUGUUGCUCCCCUGAGGGUUCCCUUGGAUCAGACUCCUCUUUUUUACCCAUGGCAGGACUGGGCCCUUGGAGUCCUGCACGCCAAAAUCAUUGCAGCUAUAACGCUGAUGGGUCCGCAGUGGUGGUUGAAAACAGUAAUAGAGCAGGUUUAUGCAAAUGGCAUCCGGAACAUUGACCUUCACUAUAUCAUUCGUAAACUGGCAGCGCCCGUGAUCUCUGUGCUCUUGCUUUCCCUGUGUGUACCUUACGUCAUAGCGUCCGGCGUCGUUCCUUUACUAGGUGUUACUGCGGAAAUGCAAAACUUGGUCCACCGGCGAAUUUAUCCGUUCUUACUGAUGGUUGUGGUGCUGAUGGGGAUCCUGUCCUUCCAGGUCCGCCAGUUCAAGCGCCUUUAUGAGCACAUUAAAAAUGACAAAUACCUUGUGGGCCAACGCCUCGUGAAUUAUGAACGGAAAUCUGGCAAACAAGGCACAUCUCCGCCACCUCCACAGUCGUCCCAAGAAUAAAGUGGUUGUCUCAACUACCUUGACCUUCCCCUUGCCUUUACGUGUCCUUUUUUGUGGACUUCUCUCUUUGGAGAUUCUUCCCAGUGAUCUCUCAGCAUUGUUUUUAAGUUAACUGUGUUUGACUUGCGUUCUUGGCACUCAGAGAGCGGCAGUGCAAGGCUCUGCUGCCCUUCCUGCAUCUUCCGACAUCGUAGCUGUCUGAGAUCUGUACAUGUGUAAAUAGAAGUUCCUGGAUACCCUAAAACCUUGGAUUAAACAGAAUGUGCAUUGUACAUCUUUAAACAAAAUGUAUAUUAAUUUAUUAAAUCUAGUUGUCACUUUAUUUUGGACCUGCUGUGAUCUUGACAGGAAACGUGCCACAGAGCCGUAGUGCAGAGGCAAGACAUUUUCAUGACGUCUCUUGGAGCGCAGUACCAUGGUGUUCCUGGCAGUUCUUCUUAAGUAAACUGUACACUCUGUCUUUCUUGGCUGUUCAGACCUUACCAAGAACUUGAAAGGAAACAAGUAGAAAUCAGCAGUGGAGUGUCUGUGGUAAGAGAACAUGAACUCUGCUUCACUGUCAAUCGUUUUUUGGAAGUUAUUUUGUAUAACACCAAAGCUGUUGUACAUUUUCUACUGCCUGAUUUUUUUUUCAUGUGUCUGUGUUUAUAAUAUUGUAUAGUAUCUUGUGCUAGGUGAGGAAAUUAUUUUUAAUUUUGAUAAUUUAAUAUUCCUAGUGAUCAGCAUUAGGGGGUUGGGGUUUUGUGCUUGUUAGGGGCAUGUCUGUAUUUAGAGAAAACAAGCCCGCCAGAGCAUUCUCAGUAGUUCCCUCCAGCCCCCUUUCCGUGCACAGCUGUCUUCUUUUCCUUUUUGGAAGCAAUGGCCAAAAGUCAUGCAGGAUCACAAGUCUUAUAAAAUAACAUCACCAACAAUGCAUCAUACUGGAAUUAGAACACACUGAGAUGUUUCUUCAUUGUAGAUGUGGUUUGUGGCCUUCGACCAGCAGCAUUAGAGAAGACUCGUUAAAAUACCUGGUCUUGCUGGUUAGUGCACCGUUGGGGGAGGGUGAGGAAGUACAUUUUUCCUCGUUUUCCGUGAUUACAUCCCAAAGUUUCUAGAACUUUAUGUUUAUAGACUAGAACUACAAAUAAAACCAACUUGAUUUUGCUUGUCCAGACUUAAGCUGGCUUGAGCUGGCCUUUUAACAUAGGAGUAAAGAAUGUCUUUCAUUGGCUAUGUGCUAUAAAAUCUCAGAAAACUGGACACUUAUAAAUCUGGUUUCCCCUUAUAACCAAAGCUUCAAGUAAGCAGAUUAGAGAAAUGGAACAGUUGGGCAAUGAUCCACGUAUUUAAUGGAAAUGGUAUAUUGCAAGGAUGGUGUUUGCUUUUGAAUGAUAACCAAAAGUUCUCAGAGAAAAUGGAUAGCAUAGGUCUUCAGGAACUCUUAAAGAGUUUCCAUAUAGUAUUAAAAUGUCUAUAGACUCUAAUCUGAAGAUUUUUAAAAUAUUGAAGUCAGCUAAGCAUAAGCUACCAAAAAGCAAACGUGUUCUGGUUGUUUUACAUUUCAACAGUUUUUCCUGAAGUGAUGAUUACUUUACUUUAAAAAUACAUUUUAAAACAUCAGUAUCAAAGAAAAAAAAAGCUUGACAAAGGGUUCAGUGUUACACUUUUUGGCACUUUGUAGCAGUCCUUUCUCUUGUAUUUGAAAUAAGGUCUUUGCUAGCCCUACCUUUGCUUAGAAAUUUAGUCCUACUUUAAAAAAUUAGGAGCAUUUUAAAAUGUAAUGCCACCUGUUGUGGUGUAUGUCUAUAUAAAUUGUUCUCUUUGGGAGAAAAAUAUUAUCAAUUGGGCAUAUAACUUGAUUAUAUUAAUUUAGUUUCUUUUUUAAUUUUUCAGAGAAUUUGUAGAUCUUGAUAUAAAGUCAUUGAAACAUUUAUCUGUUUUACUGGAGGGAGAUCUAGGACGAUACCAUAAAGGAUGAAAAAUUGUUAUGCUACAGAAUUUUAAAUGAAUCUUACCAGAUAUUUUGUAAAAAACAAAACAAAACAAAAAAAAAAGAAAAAAGAAAAAAGAAAAAAAAGAAAAAAAAAAACACCAAACCAAAUUUACAUAUAUGAAUGUGUAUGAAUGGCGAAAAGUUGCCCUCCAUUUCACUGGCGAUAAUUUUAUCUUGUUGUACUUAAGGAUUUCCUCUUGGUUUUCAGUUGUGCUCUGUCCUUUUUUCAAUCAGAUGAAUACUUCUGUAAGGAAAGCGUUUGCUGGCAUGAUAUUUACAUAGGUGGCAUCAGGAUUUUAUUAUUAACCAGUAGUCUUACAAACAUUUUAAACCUCUAGUUCAGAAAGGGCUAAUAUUGCUGCCCUUCUUCCUGUAGAUUUUUUUUUUUUUAAUAAUAGCAUAGUUUUGUUCAUUUUACAUUGGGCUAAAACAGUCUUUAAGAAAGUUAAUUAGGAAAGACCUUUCUGCUUUAUUUUUAACUGUUUAUAAAUUGGAGACAAAUCAGCAUUUGGGAGUUAGUUCCACAUGACCAGUUAUCAAAUGGCCAUAGUAUGAAGUGUGCAUUUGUUCCUUAUUAGCAAAUUAUGUUUGAUUUUUAAACUAUUAAUACUAAUAGUUGAGCCGAAAACUGAAGAAAAAUGCCAGUGUGAUGUUUAUAUAUAGCUAGCCUUAAAAAGUUCCAUGUUUUAGGGGAUUUUUUUCCCCUGUUAGUUUGCUGGAGAAACAGUGGAAAUUGGACAUCUCAAUUCCAGAUGUAAACAAAAAGCAGUUUUUAUUUCAACAUUUAAUAUAGCUGUUAUUACUGUGGAUUCUUGUCUGUAUUUUUUCUUUCCUUUAUUCAGGUAAUAGAGAAUAACUUUCUUAAAUGAUCUGGUCUUAGAGAUGUCAUUUCUGUAUUGGCAAAUGCUAUUAUUAAAGUGCAACUCUUAAAUUGAGGUUGAAUUUAUGACUUUGUAAAACAGAGUGGACAUUUCUCCACUGUAUUGUGAGCAGCCCCCACCCCCGUACACACACACGUGCGCGCACAAGAGUGUAGCGCGAGUCUAAGAACACUGGCACUUUUUUCACCUUCACAAGUUAGCUCCUUAUUGUCACUUUCAGGAUUGAGUAUUUUAAGUUCCUUCCUUACUGUGAUUUUAAUUGUAAAAUUAAAUGAUUAUGUUUAAAAGA